AUGGCCGACCGUCCAGAUGGGAAGAAUGUGAACAACUGGCAUUGGUAGGUGUUUACUCGUUGAUGACAUUGUUUUAGGGUGGAAAAAAAUGCGACUCCAUGGUCCAAGGAACGUCUAACCGAGUUGUUGAUCGGACGUUCGAUUGAGAAGGGGCCCAUUAAGGUGUUGCUCAAGGAAUUCAAAAAAAUCGAAGGAGAUGCCACGGCCAACAAUCGGAAAGCCAAGCUCAUUUUCUUAUUUGACUGGAUUCUGGAAAUCAAAUACGUUGCGAACGUGGCCGGGUCGGACUUGGAGUACAAGGGGGUGCUGGAGAUUCCUAAUCUUAGCGAUGAAAAUGAGGCUGAUGAGGUUGAUGUAAGUUGCUUUUUUUGGAAUUGUGAUGUCUUGGUCUUCAAAAUUAUAACUUCGUUUAGCUGAAUGUGACUAUCGAAACCAAGGGCCCUCACGAAGCUGAAAUUCGUCAUCUGUUGAACAAGGAAGGCCUCCAUGACAUCCGAAAUCAACUGGCGAUAUAUAUCAAGGAAUUGAAACAGGAAUUCAGCAAGGGACUUAUCCUUGAUACGGUAGCCAAGCCCCAGACUGUUAUUAAGAGUGGAACCACCCGAGUUGUCGACAAGAAGUCAUUCCAAAACACUGUACGUGAAACUUCAAAUAUUUAUUUAUUCUUCAGGUUAUCCAAGGAGAAGAGAAGGUAGAAAAGCCGGCGGCUCCAGUAAAUGUUACUUCCUUUGAAGUUUCCGACGGAUUCAAAGUCCCACCAGAAAGACUUUACGAAUUUCUGACUGACCCCGAAUUAAUCAAAGUGUGGACUAAUGGAAAUGUUGUGAUCGAACCCAAGAAAGGAGGAAAAUUCUCCCUUUACAAUGGUCAAAUUACGGGAGAGUUUGUGGAAGUCGAACCGAGCAAUAAGUUGGUCACUAAAUGGAGACUUCGCGAUUAUCCGUCAGGUCAUUAUGCAAAAAUUACUUUCACUUUUGAGGAUCAAGGAGACAGUUCGUUGUUGAAGGUUCAAGCUGAAGCCGUUCCUCAAGAUCAGGCCGAUAACACCCGAGAGGGAUUUCAUAGGUUUUACAUGCAGAACAUUGGGCGUACCUUUGGCUGUGGAAUGAGAAUGUUCUGA